ACUGUUAUUUUAAAUUUAUUGCCAUCAUGUGGCCAUUGACUCCUAUGGGUUUUAGUUCCGGAGCAAUUUUACCAAAUGAGUUGCUGAUAUCAGAAAGUAAUAUCAGACUGAUUAUUCAGGGGCGAUCAUGUAAUUGUGUUUUAAAUGGUUUGUUAGCAUUUUAUAUCAUAAAUUAUAGAAAAGAAAGGGCGGAAAAAAGCAAUCAUUGGUUGCACAUCUGCAGCUGAUCAAACUUAGCAAACACAAAAAUGUCAAUUUAAUCAGUUUUAUAGACACUUAGCUAAAAUUUGGCUGGGAAUCAAUCUUUACACAGCCUCACUGACGGAUCCUAACAGAUCUCAUGAGAUCUUUGUUUAUUUAACUGAACGCUUGUUGCAUUUUAAAUCAGUGUUUAUGUCGACUACAAAACACAUUAUUGAUGAGUUUUGCCUUUUUUGUUUUUUUAAAUCUUUUGCAGGAUCUCAGCUGAAUGCACAACUAGAGGGCUGGCUGUCCCAAGCACAGUCCACAAUCAGACCAGCUAGAGCCAUCAUAGCACCCCAUGCUGGAUACACCUACUGCGGUGCUUGUGCAGCACACGCCUACAAGCAGGUCGAUCCCUCCAUUACUCGUAGGGUGUUCAUUCUGGGACCUUCACACCACGUGCCCCUCUCCCGCUGUGCGCUGACACCUGCAGACAUCUAUAGAACACCGCUCUAUGACCUGAGAAUCGACCAGAAGGUUAAUGCUGACCUCUUGAAGACUGGGCUGUUUGAGAAGAUGAGUCUGCAGACGGAUGAAGAUGAGCACAGUAUUGAAAUGCACUUGCCUUACACUGCUAAAGCCAUGGAGAGCCACAAAGAUGAGUUAAGUAUUGUUCCUGUGCUCGUGGGAGCUCUGAGCGAGUCCAAGGAACUGGAGUACGGGAAGCUGCUCAGCAAAUAUCUGGCGGACCCUUCCAACCUCUUCAUAAUCUCAUCGGACUUCUGUCACUGGGGUCAGCGGUUUCGCUACACGUACUAUGAUGAAUCCCAAGGGGAGAUCUACAGGUCAAUCGAGCAUCUGGAUAAAAUGGGAAUGAGCAUUAUAGAGCAGCUGGAUCCCAUGUCGUUCACAAACUACUUGAAGAAGUACCGCAACACCAUCUGUGGGCGCCACCCGAUAGGAGUGCUGCUAAAUGCCGUGGCUGAGCUUAGGAAGACCGGAUUAGAGAUGAACUUUUCUUUCCUGAACUACGCCCAGUCGAGUCAGUGCAGGAACUGGCAGGACAGCUCCGUGAGCUACGCUGCCGGGGCGCUCAUCGUUCAUUGAGGUCAACUUCUGCAGGGGCCACAGCAAACCGCCGCCGCCACCCUGCCCUUACUUAUCUUAUCGCCAUACCCCUGACCCAUGAACCCCACGACCUUAAACUCCUCCCCACUCAGUUGCACCCCCUACUUACGAAAAGGACUUAGACUUUCAGAACCGAUGCGAUUAUCUCCCCUUUCUUUUCCCCUUCCUCUCAGUUUGGAGCCUCUCAAAGCUUUUGGUUGAAGUGCAGUUUUGAGAAGAGAAAAUGGAGACGAAACGAGUCAUUUGAAUUUGGCUCAGACUAAACUUUGGACAGGAAAUCUCUUAUUUAGGUUGCAGCGAUCUUUGAAUCAUUAUUUUCCUGAACACAUGGAAGAUAUGGAACAACACAAUCUAUCUUGUAACUAACUCACCACUACGACGGUGUAUUGGGGCCACUUUGUAGAUGAAAAUAAGGAGGAGCAAAUCUCAGAAAAAACUCAGAAUUUCUGAGAUUAGUUUCAGAAAUUUUUGAGAAAAAAAAUUAAAAUUUUCAUAAUUAAAGACAGAAAUUUGCAACCUUAAAAUUUUCUGACAUGGUAAAGUCAGAAAUUUACAAGAAAGAAAAAACUCAUCUUUCGUUUGCUCUAGUUUAAAACUAAAACACGUAGAAACUUAAAACCUGGACUAAAUUAUUCUACACUGAUUGUAGAAUAUUUAAAACUAAGUGUGUGAUUUGCGAAGAAUAGUAGAAUAAUUUAGUCCAGGUUUUAAGUUUCUACGUGUUUUUUUUAGUUUUUAAACUAGAGCAAAUGAAAGAUGGUGGUGAAAACAGGUGAAAGCACCCUUUAGCCAUUCCUGAAAACUUCAGGUUUUUUCUCAUAAAUUUACGAGUUUUUUUUCUUGUAAAUUUCUGACUUUACCAUGUCAGAAAAUAUUAAUGUCGCAAAUUUCUGUCUUUAAUUCAGAAAAUUUCGUAGUUUUUUUUCUCGCAAAUUUGUGACUUUUCAACAUAAGAGAAUUUCCUGUUUUUUUUCUCAAAUUUCUGAAAUUAAUCUCAGAAAUUGAGUUUUUUCUCGGAGAUUUGCUUUCCCUUUUUUUUUUUUCAUCUGCAAACUGGCCGUAAUACACCAUCGUACACCACCUCAAAGUGGCAGUCUGGUCAUUUUUGAAGCGAUGUGUCGUCUCAUAGCUACCGAUAGUUAGGACCUGAUCAGCCGCGACAUCAGUCAGUGACAACGGAGUGCAAAAGUCUUCAUCCAGACUGAGCUAAUGGCUAACUAUAAAGGAGCCUUCUCGUUUUUCAGGCUUAUGAAGYAAAAUGAAAAUUUUCCCGUUCCUGCAAACUCCGUUAUCGGUGACCGUCAUCUCGGCUGAUAACGUCUUUUAUCUUUCGGCUGCUCUCUUCGUCAGYGGUCACACGCGGCGAGCAAACUCGCACGAAAGAUUCGCCAAUCGUUUUACUCCGUAAGCCUUUCCUGACUGGGCUGGAAGACCGUGGCUCUAAUCCAUCUGACGAAACAUCUGUUCAAAACUCAGCAGAUUAUCUCUUUUUAAAAAGAAACUAAAAUAUUCAGAAACGGAUGGAGAGUGUUCAGGAAAAAAAAAAGAAAUAUGCUUCAAACCUAAUGCUACUAUAAAGUGUCAUAARUAACUGCUAGCACUGUUUAGCAUAUGUCGCUAAUAAAGGGCUGCACCCACUAACUCCCUACUGUAAGCAACCAAAACCAUUAUUAUUACUAUUAUUAUCAUUAUAAGAUUGGUUGAUUAAAUAUAUUUUAUUCACCUGUUUUUAUUUUUAGAAGUUUUGAUAGAUGUGGUAGUAUUUACUGAAUUAGUGAGUAGAUUUGAACAGCAGCUUUUGUCACUUCAGCUCUGAAGCUGUCGGUUCAGACGGUGUGAAACACUGACUCUUUAUUUGCUUAAAGCAGCAAAGAUGUGUCGUUUCAGAGGGCCAGACUUCAGACGCUACAGAAACAUAAGAAAAUGUGGAUUUGUGUCUUCACCGACUCUUGUCUUUGUUUACACAGCCUCUUUAAAAUUCUGUAGCAGYUGAGUACGAGAAACAAGUGAUUUUUUUUUUUACUUAUUUUUUCCUGAUUUUGUAGCAAAUAUCUUCUGUUACAUAUUCAGCAAGGCUUUUGGUUUGGCCCAGCAGGGAAGUCUGCCUUUGUAAAUUAUAAGAAAUAUCUAUUAAGAAGGUUAUUUAAUUAUUAUUUUUUUGUUUUGAAUGAAAAAUGCCAAAAAAAGGUUGAAAUUUGUAUCAGUUAUUCUAAAAUUAGUAAACUACUUUAUAUAAAUUGUUGGAUUGAAACCAAAACAAUAAAUAAAUAGAUAAAUUAGAUUUAACCAGAUUUUGUUUUGGAUUUAACGAAUUAAGACAAAUUUUUGCUUAUUUAAACAUAAAGCACAGAAUCCCAGGAGGAUUUUUAACUGGUUCGAGGGGCAAGAAUAAUUUAAUAAUUUCUUGUAGCUUUCAUUGGAAAUUCGACGAUUUGCUACGAGAAAUUUACGGGAGUUGAACAUCAGCUCCCCGAACUUGGCGCCAUAAAAUGUGUUGGAUUAAGAUUAAAACAGGGUGGGGUGGGGCAGACUGAAAGUUCAAUCCCAGACUCACCUGACCUCUAAUGCUAAUUUACAGGAAACUAGCAAAGCAUGACACACUGUGCUAUUGUGCCUUUUCUCACUGUUGCACAUUUAUAUAUAAAACGUGUUUUCACUUUCAGUCUUAUUUGAUGUUUUAGACUGUGCUCUUCUGUUUAUUAUUUUUUUUUUAGUUUUUUUUUUUCCAAUCUCCCCUUUUGCCGACAGCUUGAUCUCGUCUCCGGCUCAUUUACGGGCCUUUCCACCUCGUCUCUUGGGUCUAAAAACAAAACACAACAAAAGGAAAAAGGCACCGACUCGAAUCUCCUGUGACCUGCAGGGAGUGGAGUUCUGUUUCGUCCACGUCAACUUGUAGCGAGUGAAAAGCUUAACCUCAACACUGUUCCUUUUUUUAUUAUUAUUUUAUUCUUUUUCUGUUCAUGGAUAUUUGUCAUUUUAGAAAUGUUUUUCUUUUUCGUAUUUUGUGUUUUUUCUUUGAGAAUUGGAACUUACAUGUCAUUAACCUAAAAUAUACUGCUUAACUACUCCCGUAAUGGAGUUUUUUUGAUCUCAGGUUCCACUGACAAAACAUCCCUAAAGGCUGUUCAGAAAAAGGCAGAGGAUUCAUGUUACAAAAGAAGUAAAAUGUACUGAAAAGCA